CCAAUCGUCGCGCAGCUUGUUCCAGCGUAGUUGCGAAGGGGGAAGCGUCUCUAUUUUCCGUGGGGAUUGCUCUUUUCCCCCUUCCCCACCACUUCGCCGCGUCUCACCCCGCAUCUGUCUUCUGAUUACAGUAUUCUCUCUUUCUGUUUUCCCUGCUCAGGCCUUCCAUUUUCAUGGCGUUUUAUUUCAGGAGAGGCCGAAGAGGCCAGUUUAAACAUAUAGCUCAUGGCCUGAUCCCUGCAGCUACCAUAGCACCUAAAGCUGCCGUCCCCCGCACCCCUCCCCCUCGUAGUCCAAACCCUUCUCCAGAAAGGCCCAGAUCCGCUCUGGCAGCAGCUAUUCUUGUGACAACUCUAACUGGACGGACAGUUGCCAUCCCUCAGCCCCGCCAUCGAUCUCUUUCUGAAAGUGAUGCCACCUCCUUGCAAGAUCAAGACAACUAUAUUGAGCCAUAUGCCACAGUCACUGAGCUGCGAAUGGGUCCACACUGGAAGAGUGAUGGUGAUGACAGGAGUGUUGUGCAGUCUUUGGAAGUAUCAGGCAGUUGCUGUGAGGAUGAAGACAUGGAUACAUAUCCUUCAGAAACAGAGAAGGAACCAGAUCCAAACUGUCAGGUUAUUCAUAAAAAAGAAAGCAUUAGUAGUGAAGCUUGCUAUGCUGUUCCACACAAAAUUAAACAGGAAAAUCUCCCAGUAUCUUCUAGUGUCGAUGGCGAGGAAGAUAAUUCUCUUCUCUGUGAACCUACAUGUCUCAUUCGUCCAAAUGUUCAGGUGGAAGAAAUUGAAUCCCGUGGAGUGAAUUUUAAGGAAGAAAACAACUCAACUGAAAAUUCAUUGAAUGGAAAGCCUCCACCAUCUCCAGAUAUAGCAGUCUGCAGAAAGCAGGGAAAGAUGGCUCUUCCUAGAGAAAAGUUUCAGAAACUGAGAGAAGAGAACUGGCAUUUGAACGAUGCAAAUCAGACCUUGUUCAGAGAACUUGAGGAUACAAAGCAACUAGUGAAGGAACUCCAGUUAAAAGUUAAGAAACUAGAAAAAAACAACAGAAGAUUUAAAGAAACUGCACUGAGUUCACACAGUGAAGGGGAACUUGCAGAAUUGGUUUUAUUAAGACAACAGGCUCAGGAACUGGUGGAUGAAAAUGACAGUCUGAAAAUGACUGUUCAUCGUCUAAAUGCAGAAUUGAGUCGCUACCAGGCUAAAUACAGACCAAUUUCACCAAAUGAGAGUCUAAAAAUUGGAAGUCUGCCAAUGAAAAAACCAAUACCCCCAUGGCUGCUGGAUGUGAAAUAUUUAUCUCCCCUUCUAUUGGCAUAUGAAGACAGAAUGAAGGAAAAAGAAGACUUGAUUCUAGCACAUGAGGAAGAUAUGAAGGUCUUUAAAGCCCGAGUUGAAGAGGUGGUAGAGGAAAAUGAGCAGCUACACCAGCAACUAAGUAAAAAUAGUACUGUGACCAUCAAAGAAUGGCAACAGUUGCAAAGCCAAGCCAAGCUCGUCUUGGAGGAAAAUUCAGUGUUAAUGGAACAGCUUAAAAUACAACAAGCAAAAGCAAAAAACAACCUCAGCCAGCAUGUUCAAGAAGAUUCUAACUUAACAAAACAGCUAAUGAUUUUGGAAGCCAAGAAACAGAGCCAAGAAGAGGAGAUGAGAGAGUGUCAGAAGCAGCUAGAAGAACUACGUUCCGCAUACAAACAGCUAAAAGCCAGUGUAAAAGAUAAUGUAACUAUGGAGGAGCAUGUUGCUUUGGUAAAUAAAUUUAAAAGUCAGUUGCAACAGGAACAGGAAAAGAGAGAGACAGAGUCACAGCAGUUAAUGGGAAAGCUAGCAACUGUGCAGGGAGAAAAAAAGCGCAUCCUUAUAGAGAAAAAUGACCUGGCAGCUGAAAACAAGGUUCUAGAAGCUGAGCUGGAAAUGGCACAGCAGACAAAGAGACGGUCACAGAAGAAAAUAAGUAUUCUGCAACAGCAGCUGGAAGAAGCAAUGGAACAGGAGAUGACAGCACGCCAGUAUCUAGCAAACCUGAUCAACUUGGCAGAAAAUAUAACUCAAGAACGUGACCGUCUUUUAAACUUGACCAGUUCUUUGGAAAAAGAGAAGAAUGGGGUUCUCAACAAAAUAAUAGAAGGAAAUGUGCGUCUAGGAAGGUUAGAAGAGAAAGUAAAGGUGUAUAAAAAGACCGCAGCCGGAAAGCUUGGAGAUAUCAACCUCAAAGUGACGGAACAAGAGAAAGAAUUUGCUGGGAAGGCUGCUCAGUACCAGCGAGAAAUGAAGCACCUCCGGUGGCUGCUGCAAGAGAAGCAGGAAACCCUUGAUGAAGUGUUGCAGCAGAAAAGGGAGGUGGAAAGUGAACUUGAAAUAAUUUGGGAAUCGACCACCAAAGAAAACAGGAGGAUGAAGGAACUCUUACAUAAAUCUCUAGAGAAGAAGAACAUGCAGAGUCCUGUCAAAGCCUGUGAAUCACAUUUAGCUGACAUUUCUCAGAAAGACCUGCUGGUUGGGUAUGGUUUUAGCUACUGUGAUGUGGAGCUUCUUUCACCUGCUAAAACUCAAAGGCAACAGGAACCUGCAUGUUAGAUGUGUCUGUCUCUUCUAGGGCAGAGUAAGUCUGAAAGAAGCGAAUGAAAAGAGCAAAGCAGUUAAAUCGGAAUACAGUCAGCACUAAAAUAGGAUCUUCCAAAAGCGAUUGUUAUUAUCUUUGGUAAUACUCAGGGACUCUAAGAAUAAUCACAGCUCGGAUUUGCAUUAUACUGUACAAAUAUGACCUAUAGAUCCUUCAAAAUCCCAAGAAUCCAAAAGUUUCUAGCUCUUACGGUUGCAGGGAAAAAAAAUACCAAAAACAUUUUAGCAGUUUCAGCUAGAUACUAAGGAUGCUUCCAGGUGGGAGUUUAUUGUGGAAUCGAUGCUGCUCAUGCAUACAUGUAUUUACAGCUCCCACACAACAGCAUCAUCAAGCAGCAACAGAGGGUUGUAUUGAACUAGGUCCUACUCAAGGUACACCCAUUGAAAUUAUUGAACCUAGGCUAAUCUUGCCCAUUAACUUCAGUGAGUCUCCUCUGAGUAGGACUAGUAUCAAAUACCACCCAUAAGCUUUUCUCUUUGUUUGGAGGGAAAAAAGGGGGGAAAUGUUUUUUAAGAUGGUGAUGGUCAGGUAAAUUGUCCUCUCCUCUUCCCUACCCAUGCAGCUAUGUCAUGUUCCCUAGAGCGGAGAGAACUUAGCAGGAUGUUCAUACACAAAAAGUGUGAUAUCCCGAGCCAUGUGGAAAGUCAAUUGCAAUUCCACAUAUAGCUUAUGGCAGAAGAGCAAUGAAUCUAUUGCUUUAGGAGCUGCCCCUCUGGAAACACUUAGAAAGGAGAAGGGCGUUUGGUGGAACUCCUAAUUAUCAGGAUGGGGCAGGUGUUCCUUCAUAAACGUUGCCCUGCCUAUCUCUUAAUUGAAAUUUAUUGAUAGCUAUUCCUUUCAGGUUGCAAGACUACGAACAUUUCCUGGGAGAAUACAGUGCUUCUGAGUAAAUGUGCUUAUUAUUGCCUUGCCAGUGAUGGUUAACAUUUAAAAGGAAAUGGGAAGGAGAAAUAGUCUGUAGAAGAUUUGUUAAGUACAUCUUACCAUCAUCUCUGUUUUUGUACCCCAGUUGCUUUGCUACCUCCACUGAACUCUCUAGUCUGUUUAGACUAGCAGCAGUCACACAGAAAGACUUGCAGGUACACCUGUAAUUCACAAAAUGGAAGCAGCCUAAUAUAUCGUAGAUUUCUCAGUUUGUGACACACACCCCAAAAAGGAAAAAUUAAUAUGCCCUCUGUAUUCUGCAAAAAACCCACAAUUGAAAUAAAGAAUGCAAAUUAAGCGUUUGCAAAUUUGCACUGUUUGUUUCCCACAAAGAAUGUCAGUUUUCUGGUCAUGGAAUUUGAGUUUUUAAAUGCACGUUGCUAUCCAUCCAGGGUAAAACCAUAUAGAAGUAAACUCAUUAAAGUGUUAACUUCUAUCUAAGCUGUAAUGUUUAGAGUUUAUAAAUCUUUUCAUCUAUUUUUGUCAAUAAGUCAUCUAGUUAUUCAAGCCAAAGAAAACCGUAAUGCAGCCAUAGCUGUGCUGUAGAACUGCACUAAUUACGGAAUUUAUUAAGGAAUUACCAGAUUGGGCUUGAUUUAGCUAAGCUUAUAUAAAGUAGGGACAAAAGGAAAAGAGAGUGACUCACCUCAUUUAAUACCUAAUCUUUUAUCAAAGAGCUUAACAAAAUUUCUAGUAUUGUGAGGCCAUAUAUCAAGGCAGCUGGAAACAAAGUGGGAGAUUUAAUUGGUGAUUUCUUUCUCUUUUUCUACAUGAAAUUUUAUUUUGAAAUAAAACACUAGAUAUAACAAUAUGAAAAGAUCACUAAUUAAGAGAAAAAGAGGGAAAAUAUUUUUAAAAAUUAAACUCUUAGCAUCCUUAUUACAGGGAUGGGGAACCUGUGCCCCCCACCCCGUUGGACUUCAGCUGUCGUCACCCCUGAUCAUUGGCUAUGCUGGUUGGAGUAGAUAGGAGUUAGCCACAAGUUGCCAUCCAUGCUUUAGUAUAUCAUGAAUAAGUUUGUGAGACAGUUACAGUAAGCCAGCCUUGAUGAAAGAAUCACUCUUGAGGGUGUGGAUGUGCGUGUUAUGUGCCUGAAUAAUAAGCAGAAAAAUUAUACACAUCUGCAUUUCAGCAAAAUAUGGUCGGAAGGGUUUCCAUAAAGGAAAUAAAUGGAACCAUGGUGCCAUAACAUCUCUUUUCUCAGGGCCAGCAUCAGCCACCCUCAGGCAUCAGUCUACUGCAGGCCCCCACCUCCCCCUGUGUGUAUGCAGGCACUUAAAUACGCCUGGUUGUGCCACCUUGUGCAUCAGUGUGCAUGCCUGCCAUCACCCAAGAUGGCAGUGGGGAAUUGUUGACACCCCUGCUGCCAUCUUGGGUGAUGGCAGGCAUGUGCUCUGAUGCAUGAGGUGGCACAAGCGGGUGUAUUUAAGCAUGUGCAUGUGGGAGUGGUGUCAGCUGGGAGGGUGGAGCUCCCACUCCACAAUCCACACCACCAUCCGGUUGUGGCACAUGACCCGAUGCUGGUGGCGAUCACAGAGCGGGAGCUCUAUCCUCUCAGCCCCAGUCUCGGGCCCUUUGCCAGUGCCCAACCUGGCCAUCUGCUGCCUGGCGCCGGGCCUGCCUCUUUUUUUUAAUUGGAAUUCCUUGCUCGUUGCGAUUGCUGAGUGAGUUUGUACAUAAUCAUGUUGUCUCAUAUUUUAUCCACUGCUGUUGAGAAGAUUGCUUAGAGAUUUUCAGUUAUGUGUUAUAUUGCCUAUAAUCAGCAUUUUGAUUUGAAAAGAUUGGUUCCUUUUAUAUUAAUGUAAACUAUUUGUUGCAUAAGAAUAAAAAAGAAUAAAACCGCAGAGAGGGAGGGAGAGAGAGAGAGAGAGAAGGAGAACGGGUUACAUAUCCUUGCAAAUGUUUGGAACUGCAUGAGGUUGGUGAAAGUAAUUUGGAGGAGGGGAAGUGAUGGAUAAAGAAAGGGUUAAGUGCUUCUUUCUCCUUCUCUACUGCAGAUCAUGCCCUCCCAAAGCUGCUUUCUCUUUUUAGGGGGAAAAAGCCAUUGGGGUUUGUAUGUUAUGUUUAGUUAGUGCUGUUGACUACAAAUUGAAGUUUUUAGCUUUGAUGACCUUCCUGAUGACUAGUUCUGUGCACAGGUAUAACAAUUUAUGUAGCAGAACAUAAAAUAUUGACAAAUCCUGGGGAUAUCUAUUGUUAUUGGUCAUUUGCAUAGCUGGUAAGACAACAAACCCUUCAAAGAAGAGGAAAAAGAAUUUCAAGCAAGGAGACAAUCUGGAGAUGCCUCCGAGUGUUAUUGAUAGAAGACAGUAGGAAUUCAUUUUGCUGCACUCCAAAGGAAGCCAAGAGGGUCAGACUUGCUGUUUUGCCUCGGCAGAUUAUGAAUUUCAUAUGCAUCCACCCUUCUUAAGACUGAGAAGCUGCUUGACAAUCUCGUUUCAAGAAAUUAAGACUAAAUUUUGCUUAUUUAAAAGCUUUUUAUGAGGAUUUAAUUUCAUCUGGUUAUUGUAAAGUGUUUGUGACCUUCAGAGUUACAAAACAUUAGAGACUGGCUUUUAUGUAUACAUUGGAAUAAUUAGUAUAAAAAGUCCCAUGCUAUGGUGUCCAGAAGCAGCUGUACUCUCUGGGAGAGGCAUCCUAGAACUGGAGUAAAGUUUUUUUUGCCAUCUAACUUAUUAUUACCUAGUUAUAUUUUAGUUGGUUCUAAUAAAAGGUAUUAUACUACAGCUGUUUGUGAAUUCCUCCCCCCACCCCAUGGACCAACACUGCACCUUGCUCUUUUUGAAGGUAUAUCAUUUUCUGCAGAUCUAAGCAGGUACUGUACAUUGCUCUCUCUUUGGAUAACAGAGAUUCCCAAAUGUGUUUUUCAGCACUUGAUUUCAACAGUCAGAAUAAUGUAUGAUAAAAGAGCAUUGGCUGUGAUCUAGCAUUGUAAAAGCUUUAAUUUGUGAAAAUUGGAUGAGGGCAGUUUCCCAGUGGUUUUAGUUUUUUUCUAUCAACUUGUUGCCCAGUCAUUCUCACUAGCAUCUUGGAAUCUAUUAUAGUCUUUUAGAACUCAAUCCCUAUUUAUCAGCAGACCAUAAAUGCUUGUUUAACUGUGCCUUUUAAUGGCAAUCUGCUAGUGCAAUAUGCAGCUGCCUAUUUGUAAGCACAAAUUCUAUAUGUGGGACAUACGCAUUGGUGCUGAGUCUUGUGUUCAUGUGUUGUCUCCUUCCCAUGCACAGUGUUUCAACUAGUCACUUCAUCUUUACUGCACAUCACAGUUUGCUGUUUCAUCUGGCCUGCUUGUUUCCUCCAAACUCAAGAUGGAAAACCAUGGUUUGAAACUCGCUGUGUCAUUGGUGUUGCAUGUGAACCAGCCCAGAUAGUCGCACACACAUUUGUGGCCAAGUUUUGGAUUUCCUUGCAUUUAUAUCAAAUAAUUUAAGGCGGCAAACCAUUAUUUCUAUGAAAGGCAUGCAUCCUCAUAUAUGGAAAUCUGUAAAUGAGAGAUUUAACAAUAAAUCGUUAGCCCACAAAUGAUUUGACCUGUCAGGGCCCUGCCUCAUCCUGUUUACCCCUGAAUCAGACCUUCCUUCAACAUUGUGACAAUCAGGGUUUGGGGUUGUACCUGGUGCUAGUCAUACUCUGAGUAAACCCAUUAAAAUUAAUGGACUUGACUAACAUAGGUCCAUUAUUCAAUGGGUCUACACUGAGUAAAGCUUAGUUGGAUGCAACCCAAUAUUUUCAGAACAACUCCAUAUUGCUUGUGGAUGCUGCCUUGAAUCCACUCCUAAAACCUCAAUAGUUUGCAGCAUCUACAGAGCAACCCUAUGUAUGUCUACUCAGAAGUAAACCCUGUUGAGUUCAGUUGGACUUGCAUUCAUGUAAUUGCAGCCCUAAUGGCCUUAAACUCUUCUUAUGCAUGUACCGAUGUGUCAUAACCAAAUAAAUAAUGUUGUGGGUUCUCCUUUUUUGUGUCUUCUACUGGAUGGCUGCAUCUUGUCCAUAAGGAUGAAACGGGCUUGAUAUACUGAGCAGGAUAAAUUAAGCCUGGUUAGACAUGUCACUGUACAUUUAAAUGUGCAUUUGGGAAUUGAGAUGCUUGAAUCAUAGCAAUGUGCCAAAAUGGUUUGAGAGAGAUUUUGGUCUUUCUGCCAUUUUUAACUUGCAAAUGCUUUUUCUCUCAUAAUAACUUCUUAAUUUUUUUUAUAUUUUGGAAUUAAGGCCAACAUUUGGAUAAAUGUUUGAUUUUAUAAAUACUACCUUGAUUGUGUACU